GGUUCUAAUGCUAUCCGAGCGUUCGGCAACGCAGUAACCGUUGCUGCAUGUUGCUGCUUCAGUUUAGUCUUCGUCGUUUGUGCUGUUUCUGGGACACGUAUGGUGCGUUCCGCAAACGACGCAUUCUGUCACUGGUGAGCACUUUGUUACAACGCCGGGUCACGGAACAGCUUCCUAUUCACGAUGUGCGUUGAUGUGCGGAAUCGCCUUCUUUAUGAGCCAGUCAAAGUUGUCGAUGUGCCGUUAUAAGCCAAAAACAUGCACAUGUGCACCAACGCUUUCCUUGGGUGCAACUGCUGGAACCGAUGCCUCGAGUCGAUCACUCUGACACUUUGGAAUCCGCGGUGUGGAAAGACCUCGCUGUCUGGAUCUUCCGAGGGGGCACCAUUUGCAACUCAGGUGCAGCGGAGAAACUAUGGCGUCUCAUCGAAUCGAAAAGGGUAUGCUUACAGACCUGGUGCCACAACAUCUAAUAACGCUCCAUCCGGCGGAGUUGACUCCGGCUUGUCCGCGGCGACGGUGGCCUCCAAGCCUUCCGCUUCGUCAUCGGCAGCUUCAUCUAGCGCCGCUGGGUCGUCGUCGUCGUCGUCGUCGUCUUCUCCGCAGAAUUCCUGGGUGCUCGAAGAGAUACGAGGCAUGAUGCAUGGCUUUGGCGACAGCCGCGAACCGCUUCUCGAGUCGGUCAAACUGGUGGAAGACAUCGUGACGCAGCAGAUCAAGUGUGUGUUUCAUCGGGCGGCGGAGGUGGCCACGCUUCGCGGCUCCAAAGCCGUGGCCAUCGAGGACAUCCUUUUCCUCAUGCGGAAGGACAAGGUCAAGCUGAGUCGCUUAGUUCGCUACCUGGAGCUGAAGUCCAUGCAGGGCUACAUUUACUCCAAGCUUCCCACGGAUGACGAAGAGGCUACGGCAGCGGCACUCGCUUCAGCGGAGUCAGCUGUGGCAGAUGUAAAAUUGGAAGGUGCACCUCAGUUUAAGCGGACAAAGAUUUGCCGGGACUUCAUUUCAUUUAUUGAUCAAACAGGAGAGCUGGCAGAUGUGUUCAGCGAGUCUAUAUUUGAUGAAGUCAAGCACGAAAGAGAAAUGAGAUUAGAAGCACACACAAGAACCAUGGAUCAAACCCAAUAUAUGGAGUACAGCAAUGCCAGAGCAUCAUCUUUUUGCAGAAAAAACAAAACAGCACGGUUUCGAGAAUGGCUAAUGAAGGACAUUGAGAGCGAUGUGAAAUUAUCUCCAACUGUCUUGGACAUCUUCAGUUACUUGGCCUAUGAAACUGUGGCUCAGAUUGUAGAUUUGGCGCUGCUGAUAAAGAAGGAAUCUAAGCAUGACCCAAGCGACCCUCUGUCUUGGUCAAUGCCCCCUUUGGUUGGAAACCCGGGGUUCCCCUCUACCCAGCUUUUUAGCUUCCAGGACAAGCCAUGGCUACAGAGCGGCGAUGGCACAACGUCAAAGAGUGGUGAAUGUGCCAAAAAAGCCUUGCUUCCCUCUGAAUGUAUCACACCAGAAGAGAUCAGAGAAGCCAUGAAUAGAUAUAUGACUCGACGAGGGCCCAUGGCCUCUUUUGCAAAAUCCCAAAUUCAAGGUUCUUGCAAGCAUCUUCUCUGUUGCUAAGUUCAAUCUCAGGGUAGAAACAAUGUGGGUGUCGGACAUGCGGCGAGCCUUGGUGACAUUUGGCCCAAGCGGAGGCAUGCGCUCUGUCGGGCUGCUUUCGCUUGACAAGGGCUCAUUGAGAAGGAGAUCAUUCAUGGCAUUAAACCUGAGCCUAAGUCGGCUCUGCUGCGAGUCCAUUGAAAGUCGGCGAGCUGCCCGUGGUCUCUUGGUGGUGUUCUUGACAAAUGUGCCACUGAGGUCAAUGUCUCUGAGACGAGACAGCAGCCGUUCCUUUUUUUCUUGGUCCAUGCCCUGCAAAGUAAUUCAGGCAUCUUUUUGUCCACUUUAUCUGCAGUAAACAAGGCAGGUAUUUUGAAAAGCUG